GUGAGAGAGAGACAGAGAGACAGAGAGACAGAAAGACACAGACAGACAUGCGGAGCAAUGGGUGGGAGACUUUAGAGUGCUGGUGAAAAUGGAUUUUGGAAUUACACUUAAUCUGAGUACCCUAUUGAAAUGGAAAACAAUAAGAUCCAUUCUCUGGAUAUUACUCUUUCUCGAAAGUGAUCUGAUUGAUGCUGUAAAUGUGUUGGGAAAAGAGGGAAUGAAAGUAACUUUACCGACUGGACUUAAUGACCUACCUAGUGGCGCUAUUAUGGCAUGGUCUUUCCCAUUGAAUCGUUCAGAUUCAUUUGAUAACAUAGCAAUGCUGAAUGCUGGUGUGAUUACAACAAACUACAGUAGGAGGUUCAAAAACAGACUGAAGCUGGAUACUCAGACUGGAUCUCUCACCAUCAGAAACCUCACCAUCAGCGACUCUGGACUUUAUAAAAUGCUUAUCAUCAAUACACAGAGUUCAUCUAAGAUUGUAAAUCUAACUGUCUAUGCCUCAGUGUCUGCUCCGCACAUCAGUCCCUCAGUGGACAGUCCAUUUGAAAAAGUGAGCUGUUCCUUGGUGUGCACUGUGAAGAACGGGAGAGAGGUGAUCUUGUCCUGGUACGGAGGAGGGGAGAUACUCAACCAGACCAGCAGCCCUGAUCUUCUAGCCAAUCUCUCUCUCCCUCUGGAGUUAAACAAAAUAAAUGUUGACGCCUACAGCUGUGAGGCUUCGAACCCUGCUGACUCAAAACCAACUCCACUCAACAUUGAAACGCUCUGCCCUCAAUUGUCCUCAUGCUCUGCCCUCAAAGACUCUGGUCCCAAUCCUGUCCCAAUCACACUGGUCACAUUGUUAGCAGUUGGGAUAAUAAGUGUUGGUACUUACUGGGCAGUUAAAAUAAGAACAUGUGGAGCCUGCAAGCAAAGAGAAGAAGCCCAACAUUAUACUGAAGUGAAAUUUCACAGACUGGUUGGGGAUACACUGGUAUCUGGCACCGGAGGAGUCUGUUCACCAGAAGAGGAGUCUGUUUUGUACUCAGAUGUCAGAAUCUUACCAUCUGUUCAGACAUGACUGGAUUCAAUCACUCCUCUCUCAAAGCUGUGACCUUGGCGUGGUUUAGAGGCUUGUGUGUCUCAAUGACCCCGAGAGCUACGCCGGAGGGGGCUUGGGCCCCUGGUAGACAGCCAUGCCGGAUUGGUCACCGGUGAGGGGCCAAUAACAGCAUUGGUCCUACAUGUUUCAAGUCGCCAUGAUGCUAUAGGUAGGUAACCAUACCACUGUGUCAAUGUUACAUGCUGUGUGUAUGUCUUUACCGUAAUUUUAAAUGUGUAUUUUUCAUAGUGCUGUACCUUACUUUGUAAGAAAUGUGUUUGAUAAAAAUGUAAUGUUAUCGUUGUUAUUUAGGUCAGAACAUUUGUCUGAAAACCAGGAUUAGUAGCAUGUAAACAAGCAAAUGAGUUAAAUCAUGACACCACAUCCACUUCCUGAAACACUUUUACCAUUUAUUUUCAAAAUGAUUGUAACCGACUCUCCAAACCUGCUGAUCUCAUGGGCAUGUUUAAGCUUGUGGAUUAAUGUUUUCAUGUAGGUUUGUCCUGCCUUUAUCUUCCCUCUAGAGAGUCUUAUGUUAUCCACUAUUUACCAAACUACUGUGAUGACUGUUCUGUGAGGAUCCAAAUAGGUCAGAUUAGCUUGGAAACAGAUGAUUUCAACCAGACCCUCUCUCAGCCACAGAGAGGGGGAGGCGGGAGUUGGUGGGGGGUUGACACCUCACGCCCUGUUGUAAAUUACAGGAGAGGAGAUCCAGGGUCUCCCUCUACAAAUUCACAAACGAAUGUGCUUUGUCUCCCGCCAAAACUCUAACUCGUUCUAAAGUGAAUACUGGAACAAUAUUUUUAACAUAGAACAUGGGGAAUGGUCAGAGGGGAUCUAAAGAAUAAUAAUGUCAUACGGGUUGUUAUUUUUUAUGUAAUUAAAAAUGCUAAAAGGAAAUACUGUAACUUGGAAGUAUAUACACCACAUGUACGAAGUCUCCAUCCUUAACGUUAUGUAUGAAAUAUGAACAAUUGUGAAAUUAUUUUUGUUAAGAUAGGAAUGUGAUUUUAGGAGCCAUAAGAGAUAAUUUGUCUCCUAUAAACUUUGCACAGUAAGUAGCCACGCCCGAGUGAGGUCAGAGAGCCUGACCGAACUAUCCCUUUUGACCAGAGUGGAUAAAAAGAUUGGUAAAGAAAUUAACAUUUAGACCAGAAAGGAGACGAGCUGCAGCUCAUGACCAAAGUUGCUCGAACUCUGAAAUCUCAACACGAGGUAGAGACGAUAACGUCACAUCCUGGACAAUCACUACUAUUGGACAAUCAGAGCUUUACAAGUGUGCCGCGGAAAGGCCCAACACCCUUCCUAAGAAGGACUGGUUCCGACAGAGAUACACGGCGAACAAAGGCCUUUAAAGUGUAAAUACAUUCAUGAUUUCUUACUCCAAACAGGCGGCGGUUCAUGUGCAAAGUAUUUGAUUACUGUGACUGUAGUUCCUAAAAUGUAUCAACGAUAAAUGUCUCUCUCUCUCACUCGCCCUCUCAAUGUCUUUUGUAAAAGCUGUAAUAUUGUUUCAGUCCGCUAGGGAUCUUUUUCUAAUGUAUUAAGUGUGUAUUUUUAUCCUGUGUUAUC